AUGCCGAUCAAGUCGGACUUCCCGGAUAUCGACCUGCAGGUCACGGACAUCUGGUCGUUCUUGUUUAACAGGAAAGAUCGCGAGUUUCCUGAUGAUCAUGUCAUAUUCCAGUCCGCCGACUCGCUCGCCCGACAAUACACCUACGCCUCGCUGCGGCAGUCCAGCGUCGACUUCGGCAAGGGCCUCAAAGCCACCUUCGACUUCCGCAAAUCUGACGUGCUCGGCCUCUUCGUGCCCAACGACAUCGACGUGCCCCCCGUGGUCCUGGGCACCCUCUGGGCUGGCGGCGUCGUCUCGCCCGCCAACCCGGGCUACACCGUCGCCGAACUGGUCUACCAGCUGAAAGACUCGGGCGCCAAGGUGCUAUGCACGCAUCUGUCAGUCCUCGACACGGCGCGCAAGGCCGCCCGCGAAGCCGGCAUCCCCGACUCCCACAUCAUCCUGCUCGGCGAGCAGCAUGACUCCUCGCGCACGUUCAAGCAUUGGACCCUCGUCCGCCAUCUGAGCCCCUCGACCCGCUACCGGACGCCCAAGCUGGACCCUAAGUCCGACCUCGCGUUCCUGGUCUACUCGUCCGGCACGACCGGGAGGCCCAAGGGCGUCCGAUUGACGCACUUCAACAUGACGAGCAACGUGGAACAGAUUCACCAGGCCGAGGGGUGGCUGACGUGGAACGGUACUAAGACCCCGCCCAACAGCGACAUCCCGCUGCCGCCCAACGGCCGCGGCGACAAGAUCCUGGCGUGCCUGCCCUUCUUCCACAUCUACGGGCUCAACUGCCUGGUGCUCAGCCCCAUCUUCAGCGGCGUGCACACGCUGGUCAUGGCGCGGUUCGAGCUGGAGAAGUGGUGUGCCAUCGUGCAGGACCACCGCGUCACCUUCAGCUACAUCGUGCCGCCCAUCGUGUUGCUGCUGUGCAAGAGUCCCGUGGUCGAGAAGUAUGACCUGAGCUCGCUGCGCAUGACCAACUCGGGAGCCGCACCGCUGACGCGCGAGCUGGUCGAGAGCCUGUAUAAGCGCAAGGGCGUGCGCGUCAAGCAAGGGUACGGCCUCAGCGAGACCUCGCCCACCAUCUUCAUCCAGCGCUGGGAGGAUUGGUGGUCGGCCGUCGGCACUACCGGCGUCAUGGUCCCCAACCUCGAGGCCAAGUUCUGCGCCGUCCCGGGCUCCGGCGAGGAAUCCGACGGUUCCAAGGAGCUGCCUCGCGGCAAGGUCGGCGAGCUGUACGUACGCGGACCCAAUGUCUUUGGUGGAUACCACAACAACCCCAAUGCGACCGCCGAGUGUCUCGAGGACGGCUGGUUCCGGACCGGUGACGUGGGCUUCCUGGACGAGAAGGGCAAUUUGACCAUCACGGAUCGUGUCAAGGAGUUGAUCAAAUACAAAGGCUUCCAAGUCCCGCCCGCCGAACUCGAAGGCUACCUCGCCUCACAUCCCCUGAUCGACGACGUGGCCGUCGUCGGCGUCGAGUCACAGGAACUCGGCACCGAAGUGCCCCGGGCGUACAUUGUGCCCAAGGACCGGGGCCUCGUCUCUUCCAGUGAACAAGAGCGACAGAAGCAGGCAGCUGAGAUUGUGCAGUGGAUGAACGCAAAAGUGGCCAACCACAAGAAAUUGCGUGGAGGGGUCAAGUUUGUUGAUGCCGUGCCCAAGAGCGUCAGCGGCAAGAUCCUCCGGCGCGUCUUGAAGGACCAGGCCAAGAAGGAGUUCCGGGAGGAGGAGGAGAGGAAGCUGGGCAAGGCUCGGGCCAAGCUGUGA